AUGGCAGAAUAUGUUCCCUAUUUCGACGGAAUGAAACUUGGCCAAGGCUACAACACAUAUGUCCAACAAACAUGCGUAGAAGAUGCGGUCACUAUUACCCCUCAGAAACCUGGCGGCGAUGGAGGUGUACAGAAGAGCUAUAGCUCGGUCCUGAUCGAAGACUAUGACCAGCUCACGAGAUCUCUCCAGAUAUCUGGCGCUGCGGCCAUUAGUGGCUGGGGAGUAAACCUAGAGAUAGACACCACCUUCCUGAACCGCACCGAGUUCGAAACGAGCGAUAUCACGUAUCAAGUGUUGGUUCAGGGGAAAAAUCAGGCAGACGCAUCGAGCAAGGCAGAAUUUAACUGGUAUGAGGCCAGUAAUCCGCACGAAACGUAUGGUGACAGAUAUAUCGCCGACUUCAUUACUGGAGGUACCUUUUUUGCUCGAGUUUCAAUGAAGGUCCGGAAGAAGCAUAUAAUUGAAGAUAUCAAGGCAUCAGCCAAACUUGCUUUCUCCUGUUUCAUGGUAGGCGGGUCAGUUACUGCCGAAGUCGAAAGCGCCAUGAAAACGAUAGGUCAGUAUAGUGAUACAAGUAUUAUAAUGCACAGUGAAGGAAGUGGGAACUAUACUAGGGACACCCCGGCAGAUCUUUUGGACUUAAAGCGGAGAGCGGAUGAGUUUUAUGACCACAUGAGUGAACAAAGCUAUAGAAGAUUUGCUCUGCUCGGCCAGUACGGGAAGUUACCAAACUUCAAGAAUCAUUUCAAGCCGUUGAAUUACUCUUAUGCAACGCAGAAGAGUUGGGAAAUCUUUGAUUCAUUCUCUAGAUAUCUGUUUUUCAAAGACCUCAUAGAAAGAAUCCCAAUCGAGAAGUUUGUGAACGGAGGUGAAACAAGGAGAGAUCUUCUCAAUUUCCGGAUAGAUGAAAUGGCAAAAAUACAAGCCAAGGUUCUGAGUGUAAAGGCAGACCCCGCCGUCGUGAACCAGCCCGGCCAGUUUGAGGAUGCAGAUAGUUUCCGUCUGAGGAUUCUGAACGGUGUAAAGGCCGUUGAACUUCACUUUGCGAGCAACGUUGAUCCGGUCCACUCAGACAGGACCCUAAACAAAUUCUACGAGCACAGAUCUGAAAUUCCGAACUACUUGCUUCUACGAUUCUCUUUGAAAGUAUUCGACUUUUCUGCCAUUUUGGGCACAACACUUGUGUCGUUUGGCGUUGAACAGGAACUCUUCGGCUCGACUGCUACUUCUGGAGAACACAUAUCUGAUUGGGAAAGCGGCUUCACCGAGGAGCGUUAUUUCUGGGCAUUCUUCAGCCGAGGCGGCGGCCAGGAUGAUGGGAUUCUUGUUGAUGUGCUCUAUCCAAACUUAGAGAUCUCCUUGUUAUCAUCUCGUGUGGAUAGGAGUAGCUCGGACCAGAAUCAUAAGGGCAUGAGUAAUUUGGACGCUCCGAUUUUCAUCCAGUCAAGGGGAAACGUACCACUUGACUGGUACAAGCGGAAGUUUUGUUUUUACAGUCAUUCUGUAUCCUGA